UAGUUGCAGUCAGACUGCGUAAAGAGAAAUAUGCAUAUUACUUGUAGCACUUUGUGUAAAGAUGGCGUUAUAUAAAAGGUUGAUAUAGGGGGCAUCCUCUCUUACACUUUCCUUCUAUGUUGAAGCAUGCACUUGCUUUAAUGACUUGGACUUCAUUUUUAUUAUCCGCAUGGUAUACUAGUAUGAUGGGAGAGUUGUUAUGGGACAGUGUUGUCAUGGUUACUUGAGAUUUGUGUCGCAUUGGCUUUAAAGUCAAGUUCAGAAUUUGACUUGAAGCCUGAAUGAGACGUGCGUGAUGAUGAUGAUGAGGAGGAGGCUGCCGGGGAAGACUUGAGGGAGAUCCCGUUCAAGUUUUAAAUCAAUGACCAGGGCAGUCAUUGCGAGUUAAAGUCAACACGUGUGCACACUUCUAACACCAUCACCCUACAGUCUUCAUUCAGGUUUCAGCUCUGAGAAACGAAGUGGCUUUAAAAUAAAGCCGAACACACAAAGUUGAAUUCCAAAAUGGUUGCGGAGGUUGUUGUUGCACUGCCGCCUGUUGUCAUGUCCCCCCGGUGCCUGUAGUAGUGCUGUAAGAAGCCUCAAUCUGGCGACCAAACCAACACCCUGUGCUCCAUGUAUACGCGCACUUUUAAUCAAAAUAACCGACAUCCAAACGCGAGCGACUUUCACCCAACGGUGCUUGCGAGAACGAAAUCAGGACCAUCGCCGGAUAUCCGCGGAGAAUACGCCUCGGGAUUAAUCCGGUCAUCCGUAAUAGCCGUCGAUAGUGGGUGAGAAAGCGAGCCUUGUCGGGCUAACGCUAACACUAGCGGGCUAAGCUAAAACCGGAAGCGAGCAGCUGGCGCAGCACGGGAGUCGGAGUGAGUCGGAAGGCCGCGCGAGUGCGAGGCGGAGCGGGUUGCCUGCUACGCGACUCGGGAGGAUUCCGUAGGCCCACGCUGAUGUUUCGGAGUGUUUCAGCCCUGGGAUGUAUGAAGGGAAACACAUUCACUAUUCGGAGGUGGACCACAAGCCUCUAUGUUCAUACAGCCCAAAGCUCUGCAAACAGCGCCGGCUUAAUGGCUAUGCUUUCUGCAUUCGUCAUGUUUUGGAGGACCGGAGUGCCCCUUUCAGGCAGUGUGAAUAUGUAGCCAAGUACAACAGCCAACGCUGCACCAACCCCAUCCCCAAGACCCAAGACCGAAAAUUUUGCAGCAGUCACCUGCAAGUUAUGGGUGUCCUGCCAAAGAAAGAGAGAAAGAAGAAGCAAGACACUCUUGAAUCUCUGGCCCUCAACAUCACUGUGCCCUCUCUAGCUCUGAAAGCUCCUAGUGACCUGGACCACUUACUCCCAUCUUCACCCUCCUCACUCACUCGCCUGCUUCCGUUGGACCCUUAUGCCUUCUUCAAGGUUGAUAAAGUGAAGAAAGAAGGCCCUAAGUUGGGGAAGAAAAUCACAAACCGUUCAUUUAAUCCUAAACAUAAAGAUCACGCCACAGCCCCAGCCGUCUCCCCACAUUCCGUCUCCCUUCUUUCUCAACAGGCUGUAGGACCUCCCCAAGCUCCUUUAGUAUCCAUAUCCCCUCUUAUAUCCAUCUCACAACAUCCAAAACCUAAAUCAGGGCCAAUAUGCACAACAUCUCCUGCUCAGGCUGGUCCUCGCACCGUGACCACCACCAAUCCCAAGCCAGAGAUACGUCCAGAGCUGGCUCUCCCCAAGAGAGUUGUUCCUCCAACUCCAAGCAGUGCAAACAUGUGUAUGGGCCCAGCACAGGAUUCAGGAGCACCAGUACAACAUCAGGUUCCAUGUUUGUUGCAGCUUCACAGGCUGAUGGAGCAACAGAGAAGAAAGCAUGAAGAUCUUAGGCCUCAUUUCGAGCUGGACUGGUCCGAGGACAGCGGAGAAGAAGAAGAGUGCCAAGUGGAGAAAACGACAUUAUCUAAGUAUCAGAGCCCACAGGACAAAAGUUGUAUUGGUUCUGGUUCCCGUGGGGAGCGGCUGGCAGGGCUUUGCAGCUAUUUGAGACAAAGGCACAGACAAAUGCGUAGAGAAGAAAGAGGCUUCGGGAGAGAGAGAAAGUCCCAGCACGCUGUCCGCAAAGCUUUGCUUCAGGCUGCCACACACGACCCUGAUCACACUGCUCAAUUAAUCCAGCAGCGUCAUACUGAAAUUUCAGUAACCUCAAGUACUGCAGGCAGCUCAGACUCAGGACUGUGUGUGGCCCAGGUUAACGAAAAAGCCUGCACUAACCACUCCUUGCCUUUCACCAGACUCUGCCUCCAACAUAUCCUGCAGAACAGUUCACAGCAGCUGUUCUCGAGCUGCACUGCACGUUUUGCAGAUGGGGCACAGUGUUCCGUCCCAGUCUUCGACAUCACACAUCAGACACCACUCUGUCAGGAGCAUGCCAAGAAAAUGGAUAACUUCCUCCGCGGAGACGUGAGCCGCAGAACGUACCAUCACCAGCAGCAGCUGCAGCAACGCCGGCGGCUGAAAAAGGCCAAACUUCCAUCCCUGAGCAAAAAACACAAGAAGAAGGGCAGAAGAGGAGCAGUGCGCCGACCUCAGAAACCCAUCCCCCCUGCACUGCCCCAGGGUAUCCUGGGAAUGCCCUCUGUCCUGUGCCUACCAUCACAACCCAGUGGGAUGAGGAGUCCCUUGACCCCGGAUCUGAGUGCCGAUGAGCUUCCGGACGACAUCACUAGUGACAUCAGUGACAUUCCCCAUGACCUGGAGCUUAAUCAGGAAGAUUUCUCAGAUGUUCUGUCCCGAUUCCCAGAUGACCUGCAAGACUUUGAUCUGUUUGAAGGUAAACAAAGUGAGCUCUUACCUACGUCAGAGGAAGCUGAGGAGCUGGUGCGGGUCCUGCAGGACAUGGGGUCCUACCCGGAAUCCCUGGCGUGCCUGAGCAGUAUAGCCGAGUUCGGUCCGGUGGAGGGGUCAGACUGCCGUGGUAUGGAGGGCGGCGUCAUGGACCUGCUCGGUGCUCGUCUAUCAGCCGAGACCCUGUCCAGUCUGGAGCUAGACCCUAGCCUGCUUCCUACCACAGAGUACACCUUCCCCCCUUACCCACGUUCCCCCCCUUCUUCCAUAAUUCACCUGAGGGACAGUGUGCGCGCACAGAGGCGUUACUUAUCACACAUUGAUGACUCCAAAGAUGAUCUGGUGGACGAGGACGUGUCCCACGGCUCCUGGGGCGUCCUCGCUUUGCCUCUCAGCGACUCGACACAACUCCACAAUCUCAUCACCUCAGACGGACUGCUCAUGUCCACAGCGUUGUCCACGCCACCGACUCCCAUGCCAACAGCCCCUUACCAACCCACCACCACACUUUCCGCCCUACCUGAGAGCAGCCUGACCAUCCCAGUCACUUCCUCUUCCUCUUCCUCACCCCGACUAGACUUCCUGUUCCCAGGGCAGCUCAAACACACACUUCCCUCUCUGUUCAGCCACUGCGGAAUUCCUGCUGACCUGCAGCCUCAUCACAGCUCUCCAGCGCCCACUAUGGACCAGACCUGAGCGGCCAUCUGGAACAUUUACAAGUGCACAUCUCUUAGUAUUCAGGGAAGGUUUUCAUUUUAUAACUUGCAUGGGUUCUUCAGUUUAACUACUUCUAUCUUCCCAUAUCCGGAUGGGUAAUUUUUUUGGUCACUUGCACACCCCAGAGCAAUAACGAAACCCCACAAGCAAGAGUAUAUGGCACGCUUAUUUUCUACAACAGAUAAAUUAGAUGGAUUUUAGCCAUGGAUGCACACCACUUGUAUUCUUAUAUAUGCAUAUUUAAUAUAUUUAUAGAGUAGUGAUGUGCACAGCUAGUUUAUUGAUGAGUCCAAACGUGUGGUUUCCUGGUGGAAAUGUGGUUACUCGUCUAGAAAUAAUACGGAAUGGUUAUAUGAUGGAAGAAAACAACGGCACGGAAGAUGUCCCAGAUGUAUCAGUUGUCCUCUCUUGUCCUGUAAUGAUUAAAGUGGUUAUAUCGGCGGCUGGUGUUCGUGCUUUCCGUAGCUGUUCUGCUGUUGGGUUCUGCUUUUUAGUGUCAAGUGCCAUGAAAGCUAUGUAAACCUUUCAUAAUCAGUGUGCUGCAAAUCAAUAGUGUCCUUUAAAGAAGAGCUAUAGAUAUGCUUAAAAUGUCUUUGUUAUGAACAUCUCAUCAACAUCCAGUAUAUGUAAUGUAACACCGAUGCCAGGAAUCCAUAUCUCUCUGGCUCUCAUGUUCGCAAUUCAUUUUCCGGAAGACGUUUUUUUGUCGAUCAUGUUAGUGUCAUGCGGAUCGUGGAUAAAAGCUUGGUAAUGCUCGCAUCAUCUCAAGGCCUGUGUAAUAACGGAUUGUAUUAAUUAUCUUCACACCAAUCGCCUGUUCUCACAUCACAUGAAUUGUCAGUCGAAGGCAAGUUGGUGUCUGAUGAGAACAGCGAAAAAGUGUGUGCUGAUUCGAGUAGGCCUGCCAGUGUAUCCGAUAAUGCUGCUUUCAUCAGUGUCAAUAACAGUAUAUUAUUCCUGCGUAAACAGAAGAAGCUGGGAUCGGUCAUUUUUAUGUACUUGUAUUCACUGAAUGUAUUGAACGAUGGAAGGAUUUGUUUAUUAUAACCAAUAGAAUUUUAUCGCCCCCUCUGCUUUGUGUCUUGACUUGUCUACUUUUUUGUUACUAAAGUGUGUGGAUGUGGAUGUUGGUAAACACAGAUGUAUCAGAUUUUUUUUGUUUGUUUUAUCAGAAAUGCAUAAAUUAAAUCUGCUAUGACUAUUA